AGUAGUAAAAUGGCGUCGGGUGCCAUUUCGACCGAGGCAAAGAAAAUAACAGAUUUAAGAGUAAUUGAUCUUAAAUCUGAACUCAAACGAAGGAAUUUAGAUGUUUCUGGUGUAAAGAAUGUUCUUAUUGCCAGACUGAAACAGGCUGUUGAAGAAGAAGGUGGCGAUCUAGACAAGAUUGAAAUUCCAGUUUCAGCAGACACACCUGCCAGAAAAAAUGCCAAAACCAAAGGGAAAAAAGCGGAUUCGGAUGCUGACAACACUGCUGAAGAAGAAUCUUUUGCCACUGCAGAUGAAGAAUCUUUUGUGAAGGAGACAGAAGAGGAUGGAUGGGAAAAAGAUGUAACUGAGACAGAUGAUGGUACUCGUGAAAAUUCUAAAUCACCCUCCUGUGAGGACGGCCUCGCUGAGCCAAUGGCUGAAGCCGAGGCUGAGCUUGAUGCAGAGGCUGAGGCCGAGCCCGAAGUCGAGGCCGAACCAGAGGCUGAUCCAGAACCAGAGGCUGAUGCCGAGGCUGAUCCAGAACCAGAGGCUGAUGCCGAGGCUGAGGUUGACCCAGACACUGAGGCCGACCAAGCGGCAGAGAUUGAAACCGAAGGUCCCACAUGCAUCAAAGAAGUUGAGGACGAUGACCUAUCCGUCUCUAUCCAGAACGAAGAUGCCAUCACAUUGGACGUUGAUGGCGAUGACCUCCUGGAAACAGGUAAACAUGUGAAACUUCCAGAUUCAGAGGUAGACAAGGGCUGUGACGAGCCAGAGGCCUCUGCUGAGAUGAACCAGGAAGAAGACAUGAAGGGGGAAGUGACGGAUGGCCAUAAAGAUGGUAAGAAAGAUGACGGGCCCAGGAUUGACCCCUCCAAGAAGGACAGCAGAGAGGCCUUGAAGAAACCUGAAAUGGGAGACAAAGAAAAGGAUUCUGGGAAGAAAGGCCCCUCGUCUACUGGGGCGUCAGGUCAAGCAAAGAGCUCUUCAAAAGACAGAGAUGGAAAAGCCACAAAAGAUGACAAGGCAGGUACCGGUAGCAGCAGUACAAGCAGCUCCACUCGCAACAUCUGGGUGAGCGGCCUGUCCUCUAACACCAAAGCUGCUGACCUGAAGAACCUCUUUGGGAAAUAUGGGAAGGUUUUUAGUGCCAAAGUGGUCACUAAUGCCCGCAGUCCAGGAGCGAAGUGUUAUGGCCUGGUCACCAUGUCCUCCAGCGCCGAGGUGGGAAGAUGCAUCUCUCACCUGGAUCGGACUGAGCUGCAUGGGCAGCAGAUUUCUGUUGAAAGGGUUAAAAGCGAUCCAUUUAAGAAGGAGCCUUCAAAGAAGGAGGCCGAGGAAAAAAACGGCUCCAGCAAGUCAUCAAGUGACAAACGCAGUGCUGCCGGAACUAAAACUACUAGCAAAACUCAGCCGUCUGGCAAAAAAGAGGAGAAGAAGUCGGAUAAGCCAUCAGACAAAGACUGCAAAGACUCCUCCAAGAAACAGGAGUCAAAAAGUAUCAAGUCUGAGGCGGCGACGUCCUGCUCUGGUCAAGACUCCUCCAAGAAGGAUGAGAAGAAACACAGCCGUACCAAGAGCCCUGCUAAAAUGGUGGUGCUUGACCAUGCCAAAGGAGACCCCAAUUUCAACAGAAUGAGACAACCUUUCAGGAGGGGGGGAGGAAGAUACUUUGACAAGCCUGGUUUCCCCAGCCCAAUGCGGAGACCUAGAUGGCUGAUUCCACCAGAAGAGAUGGAGAUGAUGAAAGACAAAGGGCGAGAUUUCCCAAACAAGGGCGGAAGCAAAGACAUCAUCCUCCCGUUUGAGAAGAUGAAGGAGCAGAGGAUGCGAGAGCGUCUGGUGCGCCUGGAGCGCAUCCGCAGGGCUAUGGAGCUGCGCAGGCGGCGCGAGAUGGCGGAGCGCGAGAGGCGAGAGCGCGAGCGUAUCCGUCUGAUGCGGGAGCGCGAGGAGCGAGAGAACCUGCUGAGAGAACGCCAGAGGCUGGAGAUGGAGAGGCAGAAGCUGGAGAGAGAGAGGAUGGAACGGGAGAGACUGGAGAGGGAGAGGAUCCGCAUAGAGCAGGAGCGUCGUAAGGAGGCUGAGCGCAUGGCCCGGGAGAGGGAGGAGCUGAGGAGGCAGCAGGAACAACUCCGCUACGAACAGGAGAAGAGGAACAGCCUGAAGAGAGGCCGCGACGUCGACCACAGCCGGAGGGAAGAUCCCUACUGGAACGGCAACAAGAAGAUCCAGCCCGACGCCGUGGGCCGUCUUAACCAGGGCUCCGACUACAGCCGCCAGCAGAACCGCUUCUCCGACUUCACCCCCCGCGAGAGGGGCCGCUUCCCCGACGCCUCCCCCAUGCCCCCCAACACCUUUGACAGACGUAACCGCUUCGAUGCAGAGCCCGACAGUAAGAAGUCUCGUCCGGCCGCCCACAGAGAGAGCUCUGGCUUUGAGCGCUUCCCCAAGAACUUUGAUGCCGUCCGCCGGGCCGAGCCACCUCCACCCGCUCGCGCCGACAUCCGGGACACGGACCGCAGAGAGAUUCGAGACCGGGACGAGCGACGAGCCGUGCCCAUGCCCGAACGCCCAGCUGGGGGCAGAGCGUCCAUGCCGGGCAUGUCCCACACCCGCUCCCCCAGGGACACUGGCCACAGUGGGUGGAAAAACGACAGUGGCAUGCCCGCCAACAAGGGAGACAUGCGCGGCGCGGUGCGGAUGCGUCCGGAGCGGCCGGGCAGGGAGGCCCCGGGGCUGGCCCUCAGAGGAGGCUCCUCCGCCAGCCGAGGCAGGAGCAGCUUCGGGGGCCGGGACGGAGGAGGCCGACCCAUGGUGAUGGGAGGAGCCCAGCCGUUUGGUUCUGCUCGCCAAGUGGUUGUGGAGCGUCAUGGGAGGGAGCAGGGCCCCAGGAAGGAGUGGCAUGGUGGGGCUGGGUCCCAGGCCAGGGGCUUCCCUGACAACCGCAGGAUGGGAGACAGCCGGGGCAGCAUGAUGGCUCCUCACUCCAGCCACUCUUCAUCCGGCAUGAAUAGAAUUGUACAGAUUACCAACAACUCGAUGUCCAGCGGUAGUGUAGGAGGGUUCAAGCCCUUCAAAGGAGCACCACGACGGUUCUAAAUUUCAAAUCAGCCUCUAAGUUCUUUUUGUUUUUUUUUAUAUAUAUAUUUUAAUUAUAGGUGUUUAUAGAAGCUGGUUUCUAGCCAAAAGGUAAUAAAGUGUUUUUAUUUUGUAUAGAUGAGUGUUUACCUCAAUGUAGGGUUCCCUGACAGUCCUACUGUUACUGUUCUACAACCCUGUGCACAUGUUCAACUACCCUUUAGAAGAAAUUGUACAGCUUUAGUUAUUUGUAACAAUUUUUCAUGUAAUGUUAAUUGCUCCUUCCUAAACUCAAAUUCCUGUAUGUAUAAAACCAAGAACAAAGCAUUCUUAUAUUAACUUUGGUCUUUGCAGUUGUGCUGUGUGCUCUGAAGGUCAAUAAAUGAUCUUGAUGCCGUUUGAGACUCA